AUGGCUCAGUAUUAUGCUCUAGAGGCACUUCGCAACUUAGUCCGGAUCUGUGACGACUCUGAACGGCGACAGCUGGGGGAAGACCUGUUAGAGGAGGACAUAGUGGGACUAUGCCUGCAGCUCUUACAUCGGUAUCCCUGUAUCUUGCACGAAGCCGUCACCAAUCUUUUACGAGCGUUGGCAGGGGACGCCUUUCUCGGCAACAAACUAUCCUCCUCGGUAGUUGCUGAUGCUAUUGAAGGUGUUUGUCGGUAUGCUCUAGCAGGGCCAGAUUAUGUGAUCUCUCAGAUGCUCGAUCCGUUAACUACUUGGCAAAGCUCUGUCUUUCCUGACUCGGGCGGAGUGAUACCCAUGGACAAAGCAGCAAGGUUUGCACCUCUGUAUUACUCCAUGAUUCAAGAUAACGCGGUCGGGAUUGCGUACGCACUGAUGGGAGUCUUUCCGUCUCACACCCCGAAAUUCUGCCUUGAGAUCCUACAGAAAACGCCACAUAUAAUCGACCUUUUGCUUGAUUGUGCAGUUCUCGAUCGCUACCCACGCAAUCCAGAGGCACAGACUUGCAUGCUGGCUUGCGAGACACUGGCACUCCUCCUGCAAUGGCCAUGUAAUGUGGUGCCGGGGGUUCCAUCACCCUUGGAUAAAGCUUUCAAGGUGCAAGAGUGGAAGGCGAUGCUGCAGAUGAUGUCCAUCUUUACGUCGCGCGGGGAUUGGUUCGAGAAGCUUAUCGAGGUGUGGAUGCACGUUCAAGAAGAAGACAUGAUGCAGGUUCAAAGAGAUGUUGCCAAGCUCGGCACUGCAGAUCCUGGAGAGCUACCAUCUCCACCGAGCCUCCAAGGCGUUGUAACCAUCUACGGAGAUCGUGGCACUAUUCGCAGUAUCGUCUUGCGUCUGAUCGCGACACUCACACACGCGGCAGAAUCAUGCGGCAUAACGAAUGCACAGAUUGAAUCUUUCCUUCACGUCGCCUACCUUUCUGGCAGCAAAGGAAAAACUCCAGAGCAGUGUACAUCCUACCAGGAAAGGCUUGAAGCAACUGAGUACGGUGCGGAGCUUUUCCUCUACACCACAGGUAGCGAUGCCACGGAGAGCGCCACAGGCCAAUGUCGGGUUGGAGGUAGCGUUGCUAUUGAGGGCCCCGUUACAAUCGCAUCACAACAUGUCCUCGGGCCAACUGCGCUUGUUCGAUUGCUUGUUGUCCUGGCACAGCGAAAGGCUCUUGACGGCAUACAGACCCUUAAGAAGGCCCCGGCCGGGCUCUCGACGUCCACGUCGCUGAAUCAGGUCCAACACAUCACACAUCCCGAUAUCAUCCGCCGAAUCAUAAAUAUAUCGCAAUCGCGUAUACUCGAACGAACGGAGCGAGGGCGACAACGCAUCAAGGAGAAGAAAGAUGAUGCCGACAUCAAUCUAGCUUGUUCGAUGUUUGUCAGCUCAGCCGAGCUAGCAGCAGCUGUGGUCGCGCUGGAUACAUACACGGAGGGAGUUUACGCAGCCGAGGCGCUCGGAGCACGGAAACAGCUUGUCAUUGCUCUUGGGAAUGCGUCACAGAUGGCGCUCAACCUUGGGUAUUAUCAACGUGCACUACACUACGGUUGUGGCGCUGUCAGCGCAGCGGAGGAUAUACCUGUUGAGGAAGGCUUGAAUCCCAGCAUCACUGAGAAAAACCAGCGAAGGAUUAAUCAAGCUAAUGAAGGACUUCAGUGUCGUUAG